CAUGAAUAUUUUUUUUAAAUUGUGUAGGAUUUCUGUGGAACUACUUGUGAGUCUACACGUUCUAGGUGGGACUCCUUACUGUGUCGCACUGAAACCGGAAGUUGUUGGUACACUGCUGCAAAAAAUGUCCUAGCUAAGCCGAAUGAAUGGAUGUUUGAUGCACUGAGGUGCCUUUGCUCACGACUGUCCAAGAUGACAUGAACCUUUAAGCUCAUAACUAAACUCCACCGCUCCUGUCUUCCACGAUCUCCCGCCUCUGCUGGUCAGGGUACCAUGGCAACGAGGAUGAAGCUGAAGCUGAAGACUGUGUUUGUGCUCUACUUCAUGGUCUCCUUGAUGGGCCUCGUCUAUGCACUGAUGCAGCUUGGUCAGCGCUGCGACUGCCAUGAGCACGACAUGCCCAAAGACCGCACCAUAUCUCGGCUGCGGGGGGAGCUGCACCGUCUUCAGGAGCAGAUGAGGAAGUCGGAGGCGACCAAGCAACCACAGAAACAGCCAGCCAAGCCCACCAUCUUUGUCAUCACCCCGACAUAUGCAAGGCUGGUGCAGAAGGCUGAGCUGACUCGUCUGUCCCAGACCUUCCUCCAUGUUCCUCAGCUCCACUGGAUUUUGGUUGAGGACUCGCCACACAAGACGCCACUGGUGACUGACCUCCUGGUGAAGAGUGGCCUGACCUACACACACCUACACAUGCCCACCGCCAAGGACCGCAAACUGCAGGAGGGUGACCCCAGCUGGCUGAAGCCUCGUGGGGUGGAGCAGAGGAAUGAGGGUCUACGGUGGCUCAGAGAGGACAGAAGGGCUCAGCCCGGAGGAGACAACCAGCAGGGAGUGGUUUACUUCGCUGAUGACGAUAACACAUACAGCCUGCAGAUAUUUGAAGAGAUGAGGAAUACUCAGCGGGUGUCAGUGUGGCCGGUGGGGCUGGUUGGAGGGAUGAAAUAUGAGAGGCCCGUGGUUGAAGGAGGAAAGGUGGUUCGCUUCCAUACUGGAUGGCGUCCCAGUCGCCCCUUCCCCAUGGACAUGGCCGGCUUUGCUGUGUCCCUCAAACUGGUCCUGGCCAAUCCCGAGGCCUGUUUUGACGGCGAUGCACCAAUGGGCUUCCUGGAGAGCAGCUUCCUUCAGGGGCUGGUUACCAUGGACGAGCUAGAGCCCAAAGCGGACAACUGCUCUAAAGUUCUGGUGUGGCACACACGGACAGAGAAGCCCAAGAUGAAGCGAGAGGAGGCUCUGCAGGCUCAGGGACUGGGUUCAGACCGCGCAGUGGAGGUCUGAGGAACACACGCACACACGCACACACACACACACACAUACACACACUGUAAAGCGUAUUCUGCUGUUUAAUGCUGCAUAUGUAACUCUGCGUUGUAAAUACUGUAAAACAGAAAAAAUAUCUGUUAGAGGUCACAUUUAAAUUUAUCUGGUCUUUUUUUUGUGUCAGGUAGUAAAACGUAUGUGUGUGUAUAUAUAUAUUGGGUGAGUGUGUGUGUUGUUCCAACAGUGUAAGUUAGUAUGUGUAUUGGAGUUUGUUUUUUUUUUUGUUUUUUUUUUUGCUUUUUAGUGAGUUAGGUGUAUUUGUCCAGCAGUGCAGUGGAUAUGGACGCUGGAGUUUAAGCAGUUGCCUGCUGGGGGCGCCAGUUUUAAAUUUUGCAAAGCCAUGCUGUCAAACCACCAUGACAUUUUUCCUCAAAGCUGGAGGAACGAUGCAUCUGAUUAUAGGCGUCCAUGCUUGCAUCAGUUGUAGGGUUUGACAUGUUUACUAGUGCUCAGUUUAAAUCCUGUAGUGUAACUCACGAUCCCGAUGGUACUUAGAUAUUUUUAUGGCUCAGCUACACCUGUCUCCAGCCUCCUGUCUCUGAUCUGAUCUGCAACCAGCGUCAUCAGUACAGCCACUAACAUAACUUGACUGAUUUCUGACCGAGAUACGGAGCACUUUAUUCAUGCAUGGCUUCUACUUUUGCGUGAUUAGUAUCUGUAAGACUGUAUUCUAUCACAUAGAUGUUUUUUUUGUCACAUGUCAAAGAACAUCACCGUCAUAGGCAUGAUAAUAAUCUUUAAACAGCCUGUCUAAUCAAAGCAUCUGCAUUUGCUAUCAAGGUAAAAGUAUUGUGGAGCAAAGGUGCUUUUUUGACAGUUAACAAUAUUCAUAACAUACAAAAGC